UUCCGUGUCUUUAUCAAUAAUGUCUUUUCUGAAGUAUUCCAUGCACUUUAUCACUGAAUGUAAAUAAACAGGAUUUAAAUUGAAACAUCAGUGAUAAGAAACAAUGACCAGUUAUAUCUCGAAUCUCGAUACGUGCAAAAUGAUUGCACACGACAAUAUUGGAGUAAUCGAGGAAGUUCAACCCUUUCGGUCGGGGUUGGACGGCAAUGAGCAAUCCAGCCCGGUGGAGGUUUUUAUCAACGAGCUGUUCGAAAAAACUACCGACCAGGUCAAGCCAGCUGAAGAAAACUUCGUCUGUGAAGCAUGUUUCAAGCGUUUCGAUGAUCCAAAGAAGCUAAUGCGACACAAGAAAACUCACUGCCAGCAACAGAAGCUAAAGUGUUUACACUGUGGAGUGUACCUGAAGUCUCGAUCGAGCUACAGUUCACAUCUGCAACGGCACAAAAACGGUCGUCGGUUUGAAUGUGAAAUGUGCGGGAAGUGUUUCGCUGACAAGCGGGACUUGCGAGCUCAUCAAAUGGUACAUGAUCCACAAGCGGAACGCUUUCGGUGUGAUACUUGUGGGAAGGAUUUCAGCCGAAUAUACUCCCUACUCGACCAUCAGAAACUACACAGUGGACAAGCAGAUUUCAGCUGUGUUAAAUGUGGUAAAGUGUUUCCAAAAAGACGAUCGCUACUACUACACGAGCGGUCACAUUUGCUAGAAGAGGGUACGUUCAAAUAAAAUGAUAGGCAUUCGA